GUUAAAAACAUUACCAAGUACUUUUAGAACUUUACUUUAGGAUAGAAAAUCUUGGCAAAUAACUAGUUUUAAAACAAUAGUACACAUAACCUGUUUCAACUUCAUAAAAAAAUGGAUAAAGAAAUUGGGAAAAUUUGUAUACCUGGCAUGCGUUUAAGUUUGUCAAACAAAGAAUUUAUAUCAGGACCCGGCACGUAUGAGUUAAAAGGUUAUAUUUACGCUACUCUAGCUGGUAUAUUAAAAAUGGAAGAAGACGAAAAAACUAAGGCUACAAUUAUUUCAGUGGAAAGUCCAAGAACCCCCAGUGUUCUUCCUAAAGCAGGAGAUAUUGUAACUGCAAAAGUGACAGUAGUUAAUUCCCGUUUAGUUCAGUGUAUGAUACUCUGUGUUGGUUCCUCAAUCCUUGUCCGACCAUACAAAGGUGUUCUAAAAAAAGAAGACAUUAAAUCUACAGACAAAGAUCGGAUAGACCCAUACAAAUGUUUCAGGCCUGGUGAUGUUAUAUUAGCAAGAGUUUUACCAAUGACUGAAAUCCACUGGUACCACUUAUCAACAGCAGAAAAUGAACUUGGAGUUGUGAUUGCGGUAGCUGAAGGAUCCCCACAGGGUAUUAGCAUGGUGCCCAUAAGUUGGUCUGAAAUGCAAUGUCCUAAAACACUUGUCAAGGAACCAAGAAAAGUAGCUAGAGUAAUACCUGAAAAUAUCAAUCAAACAAUGUUUAAAGAUAGUAAAGAAAGUAAUAAAGAGAGUAUUGAUGUUAAAUGAUUAAAAAAAUUUAUAUUAAUUUAGCUUUU